AUGAGAUUAAGGGGCUAUAGCAGCAAGGGUGAAGACCCUGCUGGAGAGGAAGAUCCUUAUGAUAGCGAAGAUGUUCAUGAAGGUGAAGACGCUUACAGCAGAGGUGAAGACCCUGACAGUGGGGAUGAAGACCCUUAUGGGAGUGACAGCCCUCAAUGGGGUGAAGACACUGCUGGAGGGGAAGAUCCUUAUGAUAGUGAAGAUGUUUGUGAAGGUGAAGAUACUUAUGGCAGAGGUGAAAACUCUGACAGCAGGGAUGAAGACCCUUAUGGGAGCGAUAACCCUCAAUGGGGUGAAGACACUGCUGGAGGGGAAGAUCCUUAUGAUAGUGAAGAUGCUUGCAAAGGUGAAGGCACUUACAGCAGGGAUGAAGACCUUGACAGUGGUGGUGAAGACCCUGACAGUAGGGGUGAAGGCCUUGACAGUGGUGAUGAAGACCCUGACAGCAAGGAUGAAGACUCUGACAGCGGGGGUGAAGACCCUGACAGUGGAGGUGAAGACCUUUACAGCGGUGAUGACCCUCAAUGGGGUGAAGCCACUGCUACUGGAGGGGAAGAUCCUUAUGAUAGCGAAGAUGCUCACAAUGGUGAAGACACUUACAGCAGGGGUGAAGGCCUUUAUGGCAGUGAAGACCCUUAUGGGAGUGCAGACACUGAUAAAGACGAGGAUGAUGAAAACAAUAUUGAAAAUGUUGACCAAGAUAAAGACGAAGGUGAAGUUGACCAAGAUGAAGAUGAUGAAGUCAGUGAAGAUGAAGAUGUUGAUAUUGAUAUUGAUGAUGAAGAUGAAGAUGAGGAUGCUGAUGAAGCUGAUGAAGCCAAUGGAACUUCAGAUGCUGAUGAAACCUAUGGAGCCUUGAAUGUCAACGAAGACUCUGGUGGUGAUGAUGACUUUGGCAGUGAUGACAACUCUGGAAAUAACUCUAGCUUCAGCUCUAGGUCUAGUGGGAAACUGUCAUAUAAUAUAUUCACAAACAUCAUAAAUGUGCAUACUACUGAAAUCUUGAAUGAUUGCAAAGAUGUCAACAAUGACAACCCCUAUCCCAGACACUCAGAAGCACCAAACCACUCAUGGCUCAAUGAAGAUGUCAAUAAUGAUGAUUCCCACCCCAGACACCAACUGGCACUGAACCACCCAGGACCUAAUGAUCCUCCUCCCAGAUGUCAACUACCAAAUGGCCCACCACCAAAGAAAGAUGGCAAUAAUGAUGAUUACUGUCCACACCAACCACCAUACCUCCCACAGCCCCAGAAAGUUCGCAACAGCCAUGAUCCCCAUCCUGUGCCUCACCUAGGACACAAUGAUCUUCCUCUUGGGUGUAAAAUACUAAACCACCUGAGACCCAAGAAAGAUGGCAACAAUGAUGAUACCCAUCAUGGCCAACCACCAAACCCUCCACAGCCUAAAGUUGUCAACAACCAUGAUCAUCAUCCCAGGCCUCGCCUGGGGCCCAACAAUCCUCCUCCUGGACAUCAACUAUCAAAUCACCUGCGGCCCCAGAAAGUUGGCAACUAUAAUAAUCUCUAUUCACUCCCAAACCCCCCACAGCCCAAAAAAGUUGGUAAGAAUCAUGAUCCCCAUUCUGGACCUCACUCAGGACCAAAUGAUCCUCCUUCUGGACAUCAACUACCAAACUGCCCCCAGCCCAAGAAAGAUGGCAACUAUAAUAAUCUUCAUUCAUCCCCAACCCCCCCACAGCCCAAGAAAGUUGGUAAGAACCAUGAUCCCCAUCCCGAGCCUCACCUAGGAACCAACUAUCUUUCUCCUGGACAUCAAUUACCAAACUACCCACAGCCCAAGAAAGACAGCAAUAGUAAUGACCCCCAUCUGCACCAACCACCAACCCCCCCACAGCCCCAGAAAGUUGGAAAUAACCAUGAUCACCAUCCUGGGCCUUAUCUAGGACCAAAUGAUCCUUCUCCUGGGCAUAAAAUACCAAAUGGCCCACAGCCCAAGAAAGAUGGUAACAACAAUGAUCCCUGUUCAUGCCAACCACCAAAUCCCCUACAGCCCCAGAAAGUUGGCAACAACCAUGAUCCUCAUCCUGGGCCUUGUCUAGGACCCAACAAUCCUCCUUCUGGACAUCAACUAUCAAAUGACCCAUGGCCCAAGAAAGAUGGUAACAUUAAUAAUCCCUGUCCACGCCAACCACCAAACCCCCCACAGCCCAAGAAAGUUGGCGACAGCCAUGAUCUCCGCCCCAGGCUCAAACCACUGAACUGGCUACUGCUCAACUCCGAAUAUGGGAACAAACUUGAGACCCACACUAAUGAGUUUCAUUCUGGUAUCACUGUUAGAUUGAAUGGACAGAAAAGUAGGGAAUUGAGCUACAGUUUGACAGCACAUCCUCACCACCACCUCUGCAGGACAUACAGUGAGGUCGCCAGAUGGACAACCUGA